AUGGCAGGAGGAGUAAGGAGGAACACAGGGAUGGGAAAUAGAUUAGGGUUAUAUCUGAGGCUGUUGGCAGUGACUGCAUUACUGGGAGCUGAUCUGAGUUGGCUGGGCCUGAAAGACCGGGUUGGGGUCAACGCCCAGAACACUGAGAGAAGGAUAUUGACACAUAUCCCUGGUGACAUCAUUAUUGGAGCUCUGUUCUCGGUCCACCACCAACCUCCUGCAGACAAGGUCCAUGAGCGAAAGUGUGGUGCGGUGCGUGAGCAGUAUGGGAUCCAGAGAGUGGAGGCCAUGAUGCACACUCUGGAUCGAAUCAACGCAGAUCCCACUAUCCUCCCGAAUAUCACUCUGGGCUGCGAGAUCAGGGACUCAUGCUGGCACUCUGCGGUGGCGCUGGAGCAGAGUAUUGAGUUCAUUCGGGACACACUAGUGUCCAACGAAGAGGAGGAGAGCCAGGGAAGGUGUACUGCCGAGGCAGGGAGCAUGUUGCUGCAGGCAAAGAAGCCCAUCGUGGGAAUGAUUGGACCAGGAUCCAGCUCUGUGGCAAUCCAGGUGCAAAAUCUCCUCCAGCUCUUCAAUAUCCCACAGAUCGCUUACUCAGCCACCAGCAUGGAUCUCAGUGACAAGAGCCUGUUUAAAUAUUUCAUGAGAGUGGUGCCAUCAGAUAUGCAACAGGCCAAAGCCAUGGUGGACAUUGUCAAGAAAUACAACUGGAGCUACGUGUCCGCAAUACACACAGAGGGUAAUUAUGGUGAGAGCGGUAUGGAAGCAUUUAAAGACAUGGCAGCAAAGGAGGGGAUCUGCAUCGCCCACUCUGAUAAGAUAUACAGCAACGCAGGGGAACAGGGCUUUGAUAAGCUAUUGCAGAAGCUACGAGCCCACCUGCCCAAAGCCAGAGUUGUGGCCUGCUUCUGCGAGGGCAUGACGGUCCGAGGCAUACUGAUGGCCAUGAGACGACAGCGCCUUGUGGGAGAGUUUCUGCUGGUUGGAAGUGAUGGCUGGGCAGACAGGUCGGAUGUGACUGAUGGCUACCAGAGGGAGGCAGCUGGGGGUAUCACUAUAAAGCUAAAGUCGGCGUACGUUACCUGGUUCGACGAUUAUUACCUGAACCUGAAGCCUGACGCCAACCUGAGGAACCCCUGGUUCCCCGAGUUCUGGCAGCAUCGCUUCCAGUGCAGGUUGAGGGGGCAUCCGCAGGAGAGCGUCACGUACAACCGCACCUGCACCUGGAGAGAAUCUCUGCGCCAUCAGUAUGCCCAAGACACCAAGAUGGGCUUUGUCAUAAAUGCCAUCUAUUCCAUGGCUUACGGCCUGCACGCCAUGCAGCAAUCCCUCUGUCCAGGAUAUAAGGGUUUGUGUGAGACCAUGCGGCCCAUUGAUGGCCGCAAGCUGCUGGAUUUCCUGAUGAGAACCAACUUUACAGGUGUGUCUGGGGAGACCAUCUACUUUGACCAGAGUGGAGACUCACCUGGCAGGUAUGAAAUCAUGAAUUUCAAGGAGACAGGAGAGGAUGAGUACGCUUACAUCCAUGUGGGAAGCUGGGAUCAGGGUGGCCUGAAGAUGAACGAUGAGGAAAUCUGGAGUAACAACAGUGAAAUAAUCCAGUCAGUCUGCUCUGAGCCCUGCCAGAAGGCACAGAUCAAGGUGAUCCGUAAAGGAGAGGUGAGCUGCUGUUGGACUUGCACUCCCUGCAAGGAGAACGAGUUUGUGUUUGAUGAGUACACUUGUCGAGCCUGUGUCCUCGGCUUCUGGCCCACAGAUGACCUCACCGGUUGUGAGCCGAUCCCGGUGCAGUAUGUGCGUUGGGGGGAUCCGGAGCCCAUCGCUGCAGUUGUCUUCUCCUGCCUUGGCCUCAUGGCUACACUCUUUGUUACUUCUGUCUUUAUCAAAUUCUGGGACACUCCUGUGGUCAAGUCAUCCAGUCGUGAGCUCUGCUACAUAAUCCUGGCUGGAAUAUGUCUGGGCUACCUGUGCACUUUUAGCCUUAUCGCCAAGCCCCACAUAAUCUACUGCUACCUCCAACGGCUGGGAAUCGGCCUGUCCCCCGCCAUGAGCUACUCUGCACUGGUCACCAAGACCAACCGCAUAGCACGGAUCCUGGCAGGCAGCAAGAAGAAGAUCUGCACCAAGAAACCACGCUUUAUGUCCGCCUGCGCACAAUUGGUCAUCGCCUUCCUACUCAUACUGCUGCAGCUUGGGAUCAUUGUGGCACUUCUUAUCAUAGAGCCACCACAGGUGAUCUAUGACUACCCCAGUAUCAGUGAGGUGCACUUGAUCUGCAAUCUGACUACUGUGGGGGUGGUGGCGCCGCUGGGCUACAACGGCCUCCUUAUCCUGAGCUGCACCUUCUACGCCUUCAAGACUCGUAAUGUUCCGGCUAAUUUCAACGAGGCCAAGUAUAUUGCCUUUACCAUGUACACCACCUGUAUCAUCUGGCUGGCCUUUGUUCCUAUUUACUUUGGCUCCAACUACAAGAUCAUAACCAUGUGCUUUAGUGUCAGCCUCAGUGCCACAGUGGCUCUCUGCUGCAUGUUUGUCCCAAAGGUGUACAUCAUGCUCGCCAAACCUGAGAAAAAUGUCCGGAGUGCUUUCACAACAUCCACAGUGGUGCGCAUGCACGUAGGUGAUGCCAAGAAAGUAACUAAGACUUGCAAAUCCUCUAGCAGCAUGGCCAACUUGUUUCGACGCGGUGGCUCUGCGCAGGACAUCAGUUCCAAUGGGAAAUCGGUGACAUGGGCGCAGAAUGAGCGCAGCUACAGACCAAACAUAUGGAAGAGGAUGUCGUUCCAUGUCAAGAAAAAGGAGGCAGUCGAGGUGAACCAGACAGCCAUCAUCAAGCCUUUCUCCAAAGGAGGAGAUACACCUGCGGACACUGUUGUCAAAGAGCAGUAUGAAGAGCAACAGCUGUCUCAGCCCUUCACCUGCUCCCCCGCUCAGUCACCAAGAGGUUUCCAGGGAGGAGAGACUGGAGAGGUCAGACAAGCAUUACCCACCUAUGUACCUGAGCACGCAGCUGGGGUCAGAAGAAGAGGUGGCGACAACUGCCAGGGUGCCAGUAUGGUGGAUGGAGGGGACAUUAGCGUCAUAGGUGUGGGGGACAUCGGCACAGGGAUGAUUGGCGGCCAAGCUCAAGGCACGACUAUCAUGGACCAAAUCAGUUGUGUGGUUAACCGUUUCACCGCCAACAUCAGCGAGCUGAACACCAUGAUGCUGCCGGGGGGAGUCACCGCCAGUCCCACGUCCACCCCUGUUCUACCUGCAGUUGCAGAUGCCGCAGCCCCCUGCCCACCUCAGUACCUCACACCCAGGAGCAAACAGGCCCCCUCAACUGUCACCACAUACGCCGAGGUCGCGGUAGUCUCCAAUUUCUGCGAGAAUCGACCAGCAGGUAAGAUUUAUGAGCACCUGGCUGGGACUUGUAGCAGGCGAGCCAAGGAUAUGGAGGAGCUGGUGGCUCUGACGCCCCCAUCACCGUUUAGAGACUCGUCUCUAAGCUCCAGCGGCAGCUCACCCCCCUCGCUGUCCCCGGCCUCUGAGGCUGAAUAUGACCAGCUGCUGCUGAGACACUACAGCCAGAGCUCCUCCUCUCUCUAAACCUGCUCUCUCUACACCUAUUUCUCCUUGUUUAUCUUCUAUUUGGAGUAUUUUUUAAAAAGACAAAGACUUUCUUCAGACUGGAUUAGACUCUUGGAUGCCUUUCUACACAUGGAUACUCAGAAUUUUUAAGCAGUUUUAAAAAUGUAUUUUAAUUUUCAGAUUGGAUUAAAUGCACCCACACAUUCCUCCAUUGAAAGGACUGGGAGAAAAAUAUCAGUGGCAAGACUGGAGAUACUAAAUGCUGAAAUUAAGCUGAGCAAUGUUAAUGCUGCAUCGCUUGUCUUCAAGUUAGUGAAGAACUUGACAAACUGAAGCACACAUACGGGCAUUUUACACAACUUUUAAAUGCUAUAGUGACUGACACAGGUUUCUAACAUUUCAAAUUCCAAAGAAAAAUACUGAUAAGCUGAGAAAAUAAAUGUAAAAUUGCCUAUUACAUUUUUAUUUCAUUAUAAAAUGGUUAUCGAUUAUAAGUGGGGAAAAUUUACCAAAUAUUACUGUUCAGUGUUUCUUUUUAUUAUGCCAAAAUGGCUCAUAUACUGAAUCUCAAUUGUUUAGGUAAGUGCAGGUGUUUAACACUAAAGAUAGCUGUAUUUCAGUUGUAUAUUUUGCAUCACAUAUAAUCACAAAAACAGAAAGUGUGAUUUGUUUUUAUUGCUUACUGUAUUGCUGUUGACUUUCUGUACAUGUGAUGUUUUUGUUCAUCUUUAAUAUUGUGAGACCCAGGUGGAUGCCGAUUGUAUCAGCAUGAAGGCAUAAGUCCAGAAGAAAAAAAGCUCUAAUCACUUUUUCUGAAAUCAAAAGGUCAAAUGCGACACAUUUUCCUGCCCUCUAAUUUGUUGUCAAAGACACACAAACAAGCAUUUUGCAUCCUGAUGCUAGAGGAGAAAGUGUACAGAUGCUGCAUUGUGUGAAUCAGGAAGCAAGUUUUUUCUGUGUGGAGAUUUCUCAAUGACCUUCCCUUUUCUUGAAAUGUAUGCAUUUACUGAGAGUGAAAACCCCUCCCAUUCUGAGAGAACGAAAGCUCUUUACGUCUUAAGGGAAUGUAAGACAAUGUCUUAAUGGACGCGACAUCAUCAGGUGUCGAACCCACAAAGAGAUUAUGGACUACUUGGAUGUCUUCUUUAAUUAUUUUCUCUAGAUGUGACUUAGCUGAAUGUACGAUAAGUUGUCAUUUGAAGUGGACCAAAAUGAUCUUCCACCUCAGGAUGUGUCUGAACCAAAAUACUUUUUGACUUCAACUCCGACCUGCUGAAUGAGCGCCGUCAUCUGUUGGCUCAGUUUGCAUGAUGUCAAGAUUUGGUUGCACUCUUUAAGUUAUAUUUGUAAUGAAUUACUUUUUGAUAUUGUACAUGUGAAAACAAUAAGAUGAAUAGAUACAGUAGCAAAGUAAUAAUACUACCAGUGUGUGCGUAUUGAUGUGUUUUUAAGAUCAGUUUUAAGAGGAGAGAAGCUGAAAAUCUGCCAGAUUUUUCAGACAUCUAUUGCAAAACAGUUGUUUCUGGCUUUUUACCUCCAUACGUGCCAAUGUCUCCCUGCAGUAAAUGACAUGUUUCUGUAAAUGUUUCAGGCAUUAUGAGGAGGAUUUUUAUAAUAUUUUAUGACAUUUGUUAUUUCUUAUGCUUGAACAUAUUCAAUGAAUAUUCUUUUUUUUGUAUCUGCAUGUUGGCCUCUCUGAGGAUGAAGAUGAAUGAUAGUAUGGAUUGACAGGCCAGCAGAUGUAAUGUGAAUGUGUAUGUUUGAAAUGUGAAGCGUUUUUAUACUGGGUUUCGUAUGUAAAAGUCCUCAUGGUCAAUUGCCAUAUUUGCAUGCAGGUUUGUGCCAAUCUUUAAGGUGUAUACUUCGCUUUAUGCCAAUAAUUCACUCAUAUAAUCUACAGAAGACGUUUUUCUUGGUCUUAUCUCUUCAUCUGCUAUUCAGAUAGCCAGAAUUUACCAUUUAAACUUGUGCUGCAUUAAAGGUUUCCAUCCAAAA